AUGCAAGAGGUACGUUUUCCUAAAGGACUGACCAGCUCGCCAGUGCAAGUACCCUUGUGGUACGAACCUCAAAAGCCAGUCGUCCAAGAGGAACUGAUCAACAUUCUGACUUGGGUCAAUCAUUUGGCCUUUACACUCAAACAGAUCGACCUCGGUGGCUUAUCAGCACAACACCGAGAACAACCAUAUCUGCUGGAACUCAUUAAGGACUUAGGACGAACCCUGGAACUCAAGCAACUCAGUGUUAAGAAAGGAUCCAGCUUCGCCGCUCUAGUUGAGCAGCAAGUGCGUCCAACUUAUAACGACACACCUACUGUCGCGCGCUACCUGAGAGCGACAAAGAAAAGGCAGCACGAAUUGGCCUUAACCCGUGGAACGCUCAAUGUCAAGAAAGAAGACUAA